CUUCUCCGGAACCAUGUACCACUUCCCCUUUAGACGAAAUGGAGUUUGUGUCCCAGGUUGAAAAGACCAACAAUACCACCACCAACAACAACACCAACGCCAUGUUUAUGAGCACUCUCGAUCGUGGGUUUGAAUUUUCCAAGCCCCCAAUUGCCCCUUCUGAUUCAGAUCGCUCCCAAAUUGCCCUGGAAAACUGGCUUCAAUUGUACCACAGGAAUCACUUUUCCCAGAGCAACGAUCAGGCCAUGCAGAUGGGCACUAACUCGAACAAUGGAGUCCUCAAAUCGAAUGCAGAGCUAAGCAAUUCCACUGUGGUUACUACAAAAACUCUGCCUGUUGGGUCUCUCUGUGUGAAUUCUGCCCCGACAAAAGCUAGCAAGAAACGAUCAAGAGCCUCUAGGAGAGCACCCACUACUUUGCUGAGCACCGAUACUUCGAAUUUUAGAGCCAUGGUUCAGCAGUUUACUGGGAUUCCCGAGUCCCCUUUUGCUCUGGGUCGCUCUUUUACACCCACUUCUUCUCUUCUUUCCUACAAUACUCAUCCUCCCCAGAGGUAUUCUCCUCUGCGCUUUCAUGAUGAUCUCAAUGCAAAUCCCUUUUUCUUUCCCAGGGCUACGGCUUCCCAGGCUCAGCCGCCGCCGCCGCCUCUGCUUGACGACAUGGCGCUCAAUCCGGCUGCUGCUUCUCUCUUCUCCAGCCCGGUCAUGUUGUCUUCAGAGCGGAGGAAUGGGUAUCUCAUUUAGGGUAGUCGAUCUCAUAUGCUGUAAGUCAUUUGUAGACUCAAAAAUAGAUCUUUUGGUAUCAUGGGCUAUAAAAAGAUUUCAUUUUUAUGAUCUAAUGAUCGAGCUGAGUUUCAUAUGAGUUAGAUUGGUACAUAUGCAUAAGUCAUCUGUAGACUCAAACAAAGAUCUUUUUCUUGUUAUAGUUUAUAAAAAGAUUUCAUUUUUAUAGUCUAA